AUGGCUGAGAAUUUUUUUCGUCCUUGGACGAACGAGAGUACGAAGAACAUAGCGGAAAACAAUGCAGAGGAAGAGGACUGCGAUAGCAUUAUAUCACUAUUAAUAGAAGAUAAUAAUGCAGAAUCACCGUAUGAGGGUAAUGACGAAAGAAGGAGUAACGAGUCGUUAUCCUCAAAUGUAGAAAAUUCGGCUGAAGAACGAAGUUUGGAUCCUGCACCGAGAAAUUCAAAUGAAUACUUGUCCAGGGAUAACGCACGUCCUAAUGCGGAUCAAUUUACAAAUGUUACUUCUAUCGGCAUGAUAAAUUUUCCACCUAAAAGCACUGCAAAUUUCUUGUCAUAUUGCCAAUUGGAUUAUCUACGUAACAUGAACUUAUAUCAGCCAUCGGAAAUGUUUACGAUACAGAACAUGAAUGGUACAUGUUGGCCAUCAUCGAGCUUCCUUAACCUUAAUGGAUUUACCGAUCCAUGCUGUACCGCCAUACCACCGGGAAUUCAUCAUUAUGAUACACCAACAAGUUAUACCACGUCCAUUGAAAAAGCCGCCGAGUUGGUCAAUUUACAAGAUGUUGCGGCUAAACAAAUAAAAAAAUUUCGACCGAAGAAAUUUCGCUGCGAGUAUUGCGAUGUGGCCUUCAGUAAUAAUGGUCAACUCAAAGGACACAUUAGAAUACAUACAGGCGAAAGACCAUAUAAAUGUGAUACUGUGGGAUGUAGUAAAAGCUUCACACGAAACGAAGAGUUGACUCGACAUAAAAGAAUCCAUACCGGAUUAAGGCCUCAUAUAUGUAUGCUUUGUGCAAAACGUUUUGGGAGAAAAGAUCAUUUAAAAAAACAUACGAGGACGCACGAAAAUCGUGAUCCAUAUCACGUAUCUGCAUCCUCUUUGGAUAUUUUUUCAUCUGGCAUAGCUUUUCCAUCGUAUCUCUAUCGAAAAUGA